AUGGUGGAAAACGUGCAAAAUAAUUUUAAAGAAAAAGGAAAUGAUGGGAAAAGACACAGCCAUUAUAUGGAUAAAAAAAGUAAACCAAAAUGGGAUAACAAAUUUAUGAAUAAAAGUAAAAAAAAUAAUAUAAAGGAUAGAAAAAACGAUUUUCGAAAAACAACUAACAGUAAUUAUAUUGCUUUGGGUAAAAAAAAUCAAAACAAUUUAAAAAAUAGCUAUGAUAAAAAAAAAUUUAUACCUUUCAAUGAAAAUGAAAAUUCGAAUAACCAAAAUUAUACUUACAUUAAUGAUUCAUAUGAUAUGGGUAUUUAUAAAAAUAAUGAAGAAUCAGAUAUCGAUAUAAAUUCUAUAAAAAUAGAUAAUAAUGCAACUACUUCAGAUUCAAAGGACAAUGAAAAAUGUCUAAAUAACAAAAGUGGAGAUAUAAAAAAUGUUAACUAUGUUGAUUAUAUAACCAGUCUUAAAAAAAAUGACGAAAAAAAUGGCGAAAAAAAUGACGAAAAAAAUGACGAAAAAAAUGACGAAAAAAAUGACGAAAAAAAUGACGAAAACGAGAAGAAUAAAGUUUAUAACUUUUUCCUCGUAUUUAGCCCACUAGCUAUAACAAGUAUAAAAAACAAAAGCAGUAUAAUUAAUGCUGAUGAGCAUAUGGAUUUUCUUGAAAAAAAAUUAAAAAGUCUUGAUGAAUUAAUAGAUAUAACUCGAAAUUAUAGAGACAGACAAAAUUUACAACGAACAAGAUAUAAUAUUAAAAAUAAACUUGAUAAUAUCAGAUUGGAUAUUUUAUUUUUUACAUUAUUAAGUCUUAGAGAUUCGAUAAUUAAUAAAAAAAAAAAAAUACAAAUAUAUAUUCAUACAAUAAAUGGAUUAUUAAUUUAUGUAUCUCCUUUAUUUCGUGUACCUAGAAAUUUUUUCAUAUUUAAAAAAGUUAUGUUAAGUUUAAUGAAAAACAAUAUUAUUACUGAUGAAAAUAAAAACACUCUCUUAAAAAUUCUUCCUUACUCAGUUAAAUACUAUAUAGGAUCGUCAACGUGCAUUUGGAUAUCAAAUGAUGGGUUUCCAACAGAUGCUAAAAAGUUUGCAGAUAAAUUAAAAGUUUCGAAUGGGAAAUAUUCUUUCUUCCUUUCCCUUUCGAAUAAUUAUAAUUUAACAUACUUCAUGGAAAAAACAAAAAAUCGAAAUGAAGAAAAUAUUAAUUUUAAUUAUCAUAUUAAAUUAUCCGAUUUGAAAUUAUCGCCUAUAACUAUUUGUUCAAAAUUGUCACACUUUUUAAAUUAA